AAUGUUUAACUAAACAUCAAAUCAAUCAAAAUUAACAAAUUUUCCAAAAAAAAAAAACUUUGCUACUGUUUUGUGAUUUUGUUGCUUCCGCAGCACACAACUUGGGUUGGGUUUUUCAUCUUACAAUUCGGAAGCAAUGGGUUCUCUCGCCGCUGAAGAUCGAUCGGAGAUUGCGUUCUUCGACUUGGAAACCACCGUCCCAACCCGACCCGGUCAGGGUUUUGCGAUUCUCGAAUUCGGAGCCAUUCUCGUUUGCCCCAGGAAGCUCACCGAGCUCCGAAACUACUCCACUCUGGUUCGACCCGCCGAUCUCUCUCUCAUCUCACCAUUGUCGGAGCGCUGCAACGGCAUCACCCCUGACGCCGUCUCCUCCGCCCCCACCUUCGCCGACAUCGCCGACACCGUCUAUGACCUUCUUCAUGGGAGGAUUUGGGCUGGUCACAAUAUCAUAAGGUUUGACUGUGUUAGGCUUAGAGAUGCUUUUGCUGCGAUUAAUCAGCCACCACCUGAACCUAAGGGUACUAUUGACUCUUUGGUUUUGUUGACUCAAAAGUUUGGAAGAAGAGCUGGUAACAUGAAGAUGGCUACUCUUGCAACCUAUUUUGGGCUUGGACAGCAGACACAUAGGAGCUUGGAUGAUGUUCGCAUGAAUCUUGAAGUUCUCAAAUACUGUGCGACUGUUCUAUUCUUGGAGUCAAGUCUCCCAGAUAUAUUCACCGAGAAUAGUUGGGUUUCACCAAAUGCUACUACGAGAAGUCGUAGUAAUGGGAAAUCUCCAUCAGAAGGGGGCUUAUUAAAUAUAAAUAAGGAUACUGUUUUUAACAUGCUUGAACUCAAGGACCGACUAAACGGAGAAUCCAUUCAAACAGAUGUCGCAAUGGAUGAAAAACUCUUGCAAGAUUUACCUGAUACGUCUUCCGCAUCUUCCGUGAAUCAGGCUAGCAGCAGCUCUACUGCUGUUUUAGAACUUGACGAAAUAAGUAUCCCUGCUAUUGAUGCAUCUCUGGUUCCAUCUUUUCUUGGCAGUCAGAGGAUAGAGUUACAUCACAAUGGCUUCUCAUUUCAGCUUCACUGUACUGGUUUGAAAGUGCGGUUUGGAAUAAGCACAAAGUUUGUUGAUAGUGCUGGUCGGCCGCGGUUGAAUUUUGUAGUUGAUGCAUCACCAAGUUUAUGCGAUGUUCUUGAUGCCUGUGACCGUGUUGCACAGAAAUUAUCCUCGGAUUCUGGCAGCAGCUCUGAUUGGAGGCCAGUUGUUAUUAGAAAAGAAGGCUUCUUCAACUAUCCUACUAUCAGAUUGCAUAUUCCUACAGCAGUAUUCGAAAACGUUGCCCUUUAUGCCACAGAAAUAUAUCAAAGAGAAACUUCUGGCACUGUGCAAAGACUUCUCUUCAGUAAAUUUGAUGCUGCUGAACUUGGCUCUAUGUUCAUGCCUGGGACAUUUGUUGAUGCAUUCUUCUCCUUAGAUCUGUAUGACUAUCAGCAGAGUGCUGGGAUUAAGUUAGUUGCCAAAAAAUUGAUCAUUCAUUCAAAGUAGAAGGAAGAUGGGAUUUAAGUGUAGGUUAUAUGAUACAUGCCAAAUAGGCAAAGUAAUUAUCAUCAGUAUGAUUCUAUAGGAUUGAUAGAUUAACCAUUGGUUGUAUUUUAAAGUUUGUUUCAUUUCAUGCCUGUAGUUCAAUUCAACUGAUGUUCACAUCUUCAAAUUUUCUGGUGACUCAUGAUAGAUCCUCAAUAUAAA